CUCCAACCAAUCACCAGGCAGUUUGUCGCUCGGCAUCGUUUAAAACGGCGGCGGCGAGACAUUGCUGAGACAUUCGGUGGUUACCUGGUGUUAACGAGCUGUGUGAUCUAUAAUUGAAAUGGCAGUGAGAAUAUUUGUGGAGAAAGAAAAUGAACUCUUGAGUGCCUGUACCAAAAAACAUCCAAAGCUACGUUCUUCAUCUACAGCUGAAACAUCUCUACUGCAGACUCCCAAAGCUGGAAAGAUGUUAACCAUGACACCUCGCUUACAGCAGUCUGCAAGAAAGGCACUGGGGGAUGUGAACUGUCUUUUGCAUACAGGUGCCAAGACUGAUCACUCUCAGAAAAAGGGAAGGCAAAAGGUCCACAAAAUGCAGAGUAAUGUACAAACAUUUAAAAUGACUAAGCCCACAGAGAAAACUUCCAUUUCAGAGCCACCAAAAUGCCCUGGUGAGCAACCUGAUGACUAUCCUGAAAUUGAAACUUUCAUUCCAUUUGAUCCUUUUGACUUUGAAGACUUUAAUGUGCCAGAGGAACAUAGGCUUGAUCACAUCUGCCUGGCAGGCUUGCCACUCCUUAUUCUUGAGAAGGAAGGAGUUUUAAUGGAAAAAGUGCUGAACAAAGUCCCUUCACCUAUGAAGUGGCCUUCACUUGUAAAAGAAUCCAGUUUGAUGGCUUUUGAUAAUACUGAAGUAUUGGAAGACUUGGAUGGAAUUGAAGUUGAAUUACCACCAAUGGAAUAUGACUUCUGAAUACUAAUUACCUGAAACUUCAAACCAUGUUUAUUGUAACUUGGUUGUGUACAUAAUUUGCAUGAUUUAUCUUGCAGACUGAUCCUGAACACUGAAGACAUUUCCAUUGUUUCUUAUUUAUGCCAUGUAAUCAAACUUUUAAUAAAGGCUUUUGUGCAUUGUGAAGUAGCAUUCAUACAUUUACUGUUACAGUCUCUACAAGCUGACAUC